CCUCUCUGUCUGUUAAGAUGAAAUCGAUAUCAGAAGAUGGGAUUGCGUUAUCACUCACGUUUCUUUAGGAAAGGAAAUGGUUAUGCUAUUUGAGUAUUGGUUGUAUUUUGGUUGGAAUUUGAAUAAAUCACUGAAGGGUGAGAAUUGUAGUACUCUGAGUUGAUUUCGAUCUAGGGUUUCUUUGGGGAUUGUCGUUCGGGGAUAAAUCAGAUCGAUUUGCAGAUGGCAAGGGGAGGCAAAAUUGGAAAUAAACGCAAGACCAGGAACAAGGUCCGAUUGGAGAAAAAAGGUUCAGAUGAGUCAGAUGAAGAUUAUAAGGUGGAUGAAGAUGAGGAAUUUGAUGAGUCGGAGGAUGACUAUUGUUCUUCUCUUGCUGAGGAUGAAUCAGAGGAGAGUCUAGGGGAAUUAGAGGAGGAAGAAGAAGAGGAAGAGGAGUGGGUAGAAAAGAAGGCUAAGAAGGUUGGAAAGUCUCGAAGGGGAAAAGGUUUUCAAGGGAGAAAGAAAAAUGGGCUUGUGAAGCCAAAAAGUAAAAAGGUAGCUUACAGUGAAGAAGAAGAAGAGGAUUACGACGAUGACUAUCUUUCUGGUGCUAAGCGGCGAAAGAAAAAUAAGGUAUCAUACAAAGAAGAGGAAGAUGAUUAUAUUGAGAUUUUCUCCAGACAAGAAGAAGAUGAAUUUGUUAAUGAAAAGCAGAGAAAGAAAUCCCGGGUUUCGAAAACAGGGAUAUGUGGGGAUUCUUGUAAAGAGAAUCCUAGAGAUAAAGAUAAAGUUUCAUAUCGAGAGGAAAGGGAAGAGAGUGAGUUUGAUGAUUCUGAUGACGAAGAUGAUGAGGAGUUUAGUCCAGGUGAGGUUUUGAAGAGAACCAGAAGGAAGCUGGGUAAGAGACGAGUUUUGAAGAAAAAAAAUAGAUCUAAUCUUUUUAAGGAGUUCAGAGAUGAGAACCAUAAUCCACGGAAAAAGAAAAUGACCACGGGAUGGGGUUGGGGGAGGAGGAGGAAGCCAAAUGUGAAUUCUGAUUCAGAUUUUGUAAGCUCGGGAUCAUCUGAUUAUGAAUACACCAUAUCUGAAGAAGAGAGAGAACAGAUUAGAGAGGCUACUGAAUUUUGCAGCAGGUUGAACCCCAGUUUGAGGAGUUCAAGUUCUUUGAAGAUGAUCAAAGAGGAAGAAACAUUGCCUUCAAAAACAAAACGCCCAGGAAAAAAGGGCAAGCAAAAGAUGAUAGACAUGAAGAUUGAGGUAGGGAAGCAGGUUUGUGGAAUUUGUCUAUCCGAAGAAGGGAAGAGAACAGUCAGAGGAGUUUUGAAUUGUUGCAGUCAUUACUUUUGUUUUGCUUGCAUCAUGGAGUGGUCAAAGGUGGAAUCUCGCUGCCCGCUCUGCAAGCAAAGGUUUGCAACCAUAAGUAGAACUGCCCGAGCAGAUGAUGGGCAGGAUCUAAAGGAUGCUGUUUUUCCAGUUCCCGAACGUGAUCAGGUUUAUCAGCCAUCUGAGGAAGAGCUCAGGGGCUACCUUGAUCCAUAUGAGAAUGUUCUUUGUACUGAGUGUCAGCAAGGUGGGGAUGAUGCAUUUAUGCUUCUGUGUGAUCUCUGUGAUUCACCUGCACAUACUUAUUGUGUUGGUCUAGGACGAGAAGUACCAGAGGGAAAUUGGUACUGUGAUGGCUGCAGGCCAACAGCUCUUGCUUCCUCAAAUGCUCAAGCUCUAAACGCUACCUCUGAUCAUGGAGGAAUUAAUAAUUCGUCUGUCGGUUCAUCACCUGUUGCUGCUGUUCGCGAAACUUUUGAUCUCAAUGAGGUAUAUGUACCUGACACCCCAUUAACUCAAGUGACUGGGCACUCUCAAUCACCUAGACCUUCUCUUGGGGUUCAAGCUACUUCACCUGCUUCAGGGUCUGGGGCAUUUACUCUUUUUGAAAGACGACGCAUACAGCGUCAGAUACAUCAGCUUCUUAAUAAUAGGAGUCGACAAUCUGACAGGAGUGAUGGUAUGGCCCCAGCAUCAGGUAUCAAUCUUUUUGGUUCACUGAUUGGUAGGGAUAUGGUGGCAGCAACUCAAACCACAGUUAUGCCAGCAAGGACUGCACCAGAUAAUAUCCAUCUCCAGCAAAGAUUACCUGACUAUAACAUGCCAUCAUUGUAUAAUAGGGAAGUCUUUUCUCCCAGAUUAAGCAGUUUGAGGGGCGAUGCACUUCGGAAUCAAGCUUCUACGUCCAGUGAUCACUCUUUUGCUGGACUGUCACAAAAUCAGUUUGCUGGGAUCAAUGCAGGGAUUAGUGGGGGUUUAGGUCAUCAACAACUCCAUCCUUGCGGUGGCCCAUCAAAUACUGGGCCUGAUGCUAGCACAUCAGCAUAUCAAUUUAGAGAGGCUACAGUACCUUCAAGGACAUUGCAAGGACGGUUACACACACACAAUUUUAGCUGAAGGUCAACUGUUACCACUUACAGAGAUUAGCCAUUGGAAGGAUGUCCAAUUUCAGGUGAAUGUUUGUGUUGUUCCCAUCAGUUCCUCAGCCAUGCACUGAGGGAAAUAAUGUACACUCGAGUUCCUGUGUUCCUCAUGAAUCAGGCUCUCUUUGCAAGGAGGGAACUCGGGUCUGCAUCAAGCAUUCUCUCGGUCAACUUUCUCGGGUUUGAAGCUCCUUUUUGGCUAGAUUAGGAUUUUCUUGAUUUGGUUGGAAACAGAAAAACGACUAACAAACGUAGACUAGCUGGUCGAUGACAUUGUUAUUGAUAGAUUCUUACACGAGCAGGGUGCUCUUUUCCUUGCUAUUUAUCGGGUUUGUGCAUUUUUCAGCAAUUGUGAUCUAAGGAAACCUUGUAAACUGUAUUUCUUCAUGUCAUUAAUAGGAUUUGAUCCGAGCACAUUGUCGCACCAA